AUGCCAUCUGCAGAACACGACGACUUGAGUACAAGUUCCCAAGGUAUCGCAAGCGACGGAGGUAUCAAUUCGCGCAGAGUGUCGACCAACAUAUCCAUCGCUCCGCACUUGCAGCACUCGCCCAAAUCCCGGCUGUCGGACACGCCGCUGACGCCUGAAGAGUCGCCGCCUUUUCGCGACCAUCAGAAGAGGAGCGCCGACGCUCUUGAUCAGGAGGAGGGUCAAGACGUGAGCCCUUCGCAUACCAGAGACGGAAGUACAGAGUCCUUGGUCAGCUUCUGUCUGUGCCAGCCCGAGCCAAAGGUCCCCAGACCCAGGAACGGUCAGUACACGAAACGUCUUGCUGUUAUGUAUCUUGCAAAUGCUGACAGAUUACANGCGUUCAUCCUCUAUCGCCAAAACCGCCAAGCUGCUGUAGUCGCUCAGAACCCAGGUCUUGCCAAUCCUGAGAUCUCAAAGAUCAUUGGUGAGCAGUGGAGAAACGAGCCUGAGGGAGAGAAGAAUCGGUGGAAGGCAUACGCAGAGGUUGGUCAGAUCUGUAUGCCAAGCCGGAAACUCGAUACUGACAGGAUGACANNGGAAGAGAAGUUACAGCACCAACAAAGAUAUCCCUCUUACAGAUAUCAGCCUAAGCGUUCAGGACGACGUGGCAGCGUCUCGUCCGAGUCAGGCUUCUCGCAAUCAGAUCACCGCAAGUGCCAAAAGUGCGGUGGCCGAACCAUCAUCCAUCCUACACCAAGCACACCUUCUUCCGCACGAGAACGACUUGAGAACCCCCGCAGUCUGGAAACAAGUCCUUCAUCAGCCUAUCCUCACCCUCCACGUCUGAACGCAUUCCAACUUCCCCCUCCAACUCCAUCGUCGACCACAACCCCCUCGACGCGUUAUCUGCCUAUGCUCAACAACCUUUCUCUGUCAUCUCCACAUCCUCGAAACAUGAGCAACGGACGCCCCUCGCAGCCAUUCAUGGUCCAGCGUGGCGAAGAUGAGCAUCCAUCCAUCUUAUCACCCGACUCAAAGCGACGCAGAUUCGAAUCACCACAAGGAACAUAUGUCAUGUCGACGCGCACCAUGCCUCCACGACAGAAUGCAGGCCCUGGCACGCCAUUCCCCUUUGGCCCGCAAGGACAGCCACAUGUUCAGCAAAAUCAACAAAUGGGCCCACCUCAACAAUUCCCGCCUCCACCUGGUGCGCAGCAUGUCCGUAGGGAGAGCUUACCACGACCAGUCGAUUUUCUACGAGGACCAGUGCCACCAAACAUGAUGGGCCCACCGCCUCGUCCUGGACCAGGCUACUCGCAGCAUCGAGCGAGUCAAGGCCAACGCACAGGUGGACCAGAGCUCAGUCUGACACUACCNCCUUUGCAAGCCGGCACCAUGUCUGGCCCUCCGACAUCCACCAGAGUAGGGCCUGGACAGCCGCCGAGCGGCAACAGAGGUAGCGACCCCAAGGAGCCCGACAGGCGCAGUGUGGGUGAAAUCAUCGUGUCCAUGUCUUUCAUGGCCAAGGUGCAGAUUCUCGGUCGAGUUGCACCGCCUCUCUCUACAAACGACCACAACAAGUCGCGAGCUACCAUAAUCGCCAUCGAGGGCGAUGACCCAGAAGCGGCGCGCAACGUGACAGACUGGCUCGAAGAGUUCCUGGGCCGCGAAGGCGACAUGGUGGUCAAGGUGGUCGAUGGCCCGAAGCUACCAGAAGGCAAGGACGGACGUGAGGUCGAGAUCCCAGAGCUACUCCGAACUGUGGCUGAGUGGCAUGACAAGGGCAAGAAGAUUGAACAAGUGGCUCGUGGAGACAAGGAGAGGAAGGACAGUGACUGUAGUUCACAACCGGGCUCAAUGCCUGACAGCGAGGCCAUGGAGGUUGACUCGUCUCAUGGCAGCAGCAGGGUGGUGAUACUAUUGCGCACGUACACAGUGACAGCAUCCAACGUAUUUGCAUCACGGGUGGCCAUCAAGGACGCGUACAAGGCAGCAGACCACUGGCAGUGGACAGCGACGUUGUGGCGCGGAAUCGUCGGACCGGACAUGACGGUUUAUGUCAAGGAGGCUGACAAGACGGAAGAUGGAGGAAAAGGCGGAGUGGAGAUCAAGGAGGAGAAUCGGAUCAUGGCGGUUCGCCGUUUCAAAGGCAGUGAAGAGAACGGCGGAGUUGAGGGGAUCGAAGCAGGUACAUUGCGACGUCUUGGAUUCGAGGUGGGUGAAUGGGUCAGGAGUGGAGGGGCAGCAAAGAGGGAGUAG